UGUAUUUAUUUACAGGAGCGGAUUUGCCUGAGCUACUUUUGCACCCACCACAAUCCCCCCUUACCCUCCCCCCUCGAGGGGGGUGUGUCGACGCCGGUCCGCGCAAAUCCAGCAAAAGAACAAAAACCGGACGCCAGUUGCCAGUUGAGGCGGAAAAAAGGGCAUCCUCGGCGCGCCGGGAACCUACCCCAAAAAUAACCACGCCAUUAGGUCGAACGAACAGGGUUUCGACCCACCUCAUCAAGCCCUCCCCCCCCCUUCUCCUUCCAGACAGACGGAAAUGAAAAUUAAACCAGUGAACAGGAUGUUUUCGGCGGUUGAUACAACGGAACUUGACGUCCGAAGGGUUGCGCUAGAGGCCCUGGGAAGGGUUUGAGUGAAAAGUUGGGAUUUGCAGCGGUUGCCGUUGGACAAUUCAUCCUCGGGGAGGUCGCUUGAAGGAGUCUCCCCGCGCUAGGCGGGGUCCCUCCCCGGCUCGAAAAUGCUAAUCAAGGCGAACAUUUGGGUGUACGUGUUUCAACUUGUGGUGAUGAAAGUAACCUACGCCGUGUACGGUCUCGACAGCGUCCACAUCCGCGUUCCGCAGGCCGUGGCGCUUGGCAGCUCGGCGGUGCUGAUCUGCGAGUGCGACCUGCCCGACGAGGACCUGUACUCGGUCAAGUGGUACAAAGGCAAGCACGAGUUCUUCCGCUACACCUCGAAGGAGAUCCCGUCGAUCAAGAUCUUCCCGAAGGCGGGCAUCAACGUCAAUGUCGAUCACUCCAACGCAAGCCACGUGAUCCUGGGUAACGUGGAACCACACACCAGCGGGAAGUACAGCUGCGAGGUGACCGAGGCGGCACCCUCCUUCCACACUAAGAUAGUAACUAGAGAUUUAAAUGUAGUAGAUUUACCCAAAAGCGAUCCGGUGAUAGUGGACAUGAAGCCGUACUACGGCGCGGACGAGUUUCUCGAGGUCGAAUGCAUAUCAAACGAAUCACUGCCCGCGGCCCGGCUCGAAUGGCUCAUCAACGAUCAGCCGCUGGGCGUGAUACAGCCCCCGUCCAGGUUGGAGUUUCUAACCCUACCGGCGGUGGCCAAUGCAACCUCCGGAAGCGGUAGCAGUAGCAACAGCAGCAGCGGCACCGACGGCAGUACCUCCACAGUGACCGCCACUAGCAGUAAGAAAUCCACCAAGUCUUCCCUGCGCCACAAGUCGGACGAGGAGUCCGGCGAUUUGACAAACUCGCUUGAAGGUGGUGGCGGCGAGUUGGCGGUACCGCUGGCCAUGAUCGCUUCGGCGGCGGCUGCCCUCUCGCUGACGACGAGCUCGACCUCAACGGGGUCGGUGCUGCCCUCGCCAGCGGCCAUCCACGCUGGGAGUUCCAGUGGGAAGUCCGGCGGUGGCAAGAAGGCGCUGGUGAACAGCCGGUACGAACGGUCCGUGGCGCGGCUCAAGUUGCUGCUCGGGCAUGAACACUUUGAGGAGGGGAAGAUCAAGGUGAAGUGCAUCGCCCGGAUAUUCGACGUGUACGAACGGACGGCAUUGCAGGUCGCCGACGAGAACUACCCCCAGGUGCGGGUACUGUCCAAGAGCGACAACGGCGUCCACUACUCCUUCAUGAGCGACAAGGACGAAGCGUCCUCCAAGGCGUCUUCGUCGUCCAGUUCGCAGCUGUCCCGGCCGCACCACCGGUGGUCAUCGAUGGUGUUACGACCUGUGCUGAGCUGGCUUGCUGGCAACACUGGCACCACCACCACCAAAAUCACCGGUCAAAGUCAGCUGCAAGAUACGGGCCAAAGUUGGACGUCCCAACUGUUGGGUGGGACAACGCUUGCGGCGUUUCUUCUCAGUUGGAAUGCUGGAGCUUCCGAGCUGCUGAUAGCACUGCCGAUGGCGACGAUGUUGCUGCUUUUCUAACCCGGUCGAAAACAACAACAACAACAACAGAUUCCGAGAUUGGCCCCGACAGAUAGGGCAGUUGAUGGUCGUAAGGAACGGAAGAGUGCUGACACGUUCUUGCUUCCCAUCCCCCAAAUACUGCCUGCCUUGGUCGAGUAAUUUGAUAAGGCACACCAAAGAAGCAAAAGACGCAGCAAAAAAAAUCAACUUCGGAAUGGAAAAAUAACGAGCACCGCUCGUGUUACCAAUACAAGUCGAAGUCCUCCCCUCCCAACAACGUCUGAAUCGAGAAAAACACAUUUGCUGUGCGGUUUGUUGUCAUUUGAAUCGACGAGUGAAACAGUAGAGUUUUGUAUUAUAAUGUGAAUGUAAAGUGUGUAGACAGCAAAAAAAAGGAGAAAAAAAAAGCGAGACGUCGAAUCAAGCGUCAAACGAAAGAGGAGCUAUUUUUUAUGUAAUGAUGACGAAAAUGCGACAGAGUCUAACGAGAGCGAGAGAGAGAGAGAGAGAAGGUAGAUAUUUAAAUUUUAAUAUGAGAUAAGAGAUAACACUAGCUGAUAGCGAAUAAAACUAGAACAAUACCAUUAGGAUAACGAAGAGAAGCUGCGCUGCAUGCAACCCCUAGAAAAGCGAAAGAAAACAAUUCGAACUGAACACGACGGUUGUACAGGAUAACAGAGAUGCUAAGCUAUGAUGUAAAGUGACACUAAGUAUUAUGACAUAUUGAAAAACAUAAACUGCAAAUAAAAAGACAAGCAAACUCUUGCAAAUUUACUCCAAAGUUCUGCGAAAUGGGUCAAACGAAAAAAAAUAAUAAAAAUAACAUAAAGAAACAGUAAGUAAAUUUAGUCGCAAACUCUUUGUGCUCUGCAGAAAUGAAGAAGAAAAAGAAAAAAAAAACAGUGUAAAAAUUAUCUGUGCAGAAUGCGAUUGUAAAUUGCGCCUCCCUUUAAAACCGUUGUAUAUUGAGAGAAAAUCUAUUGAUGAAUAAAAUCUGACAAAACAAAAUGA